CAACUACCGAGAAGGGAAAACAAUGGAGGCCUCCGAGGCGAGUUGGCACUCCUUUGAUCCGUCAGUCGCCGUGGAGGACUCCGAGGCGAUGGCCCAGCUGCUCGCGGUCCAGUACUUCGGCAACGAGCAGAAGCAGCCGGCGCCGACGGCCAUGUACUGGCCGGGUUGCCAAGAAGCCGACCAGUACUACGGCUCGGCGCCGUACCACAUGCAGCAGCCCAACUCGGGUGAAGGCUGCUACGACCAUGCUGGUUACUACUACGGCAGCAGCACGGUCACGAUGACCGGCGACUUCUUCGUGCCGGACGAGCAGGUGGCGGAUCCGAGCUUCAUGCUUGAUCUGAACCUCGACUUCGAGGACCAGGAAGGCGGCGUCGACGUGCCGGCGGCGUGCAAGAGAAAGCAGGAGAAUCAGAAGGGAGAGAGCACCGCGUGCACCGUUCCAAAGAAGAAAUCACGCUCCACGGCAGUGCCGGCGCAGAGGAAGGGCAGGAACGCGCAGUCCAAGAAGGCGCAGAAGGGCGCGUGCAGCCGAGGCAACCAGGAGGAGAGCAACGGCGACGGCAACGUGCAGUGCUCGGGCGACUACCUGUCCGACGACGACUCGCUGGAGAUGACCGCGUGCAGCAACGUGAGCUCGGCGUCCAGGAAGUCGUCGCCGGGAGGUGGGAAGGCGAGGGCCGGACGUGGGGCGGCCACCGAUCCGCAAAGCCUCUACGCCAGGAAAAGGAGAGAGCGGAUCAACGAGCGGCUAAAGAUACUGCAGAAUCUCGUUCCCAAUGGAACCAAGGUAGACAUCAGCACGAUGCUUGAGGAAGCAGUUCAAUACGUCAAGUUCUUGCAGCUGCAGAUCAAGCUGUUGAGCUCGGAUGAUAUGUGGAUGUUCGCGCCGAUCGCAUACAACGGGGUCAACGUCGGCCUCGAUCUCAAGAUCUCGCCGCCGCAACAAUGAUCGGCUCCGACGACGGCGGACCGAUGUUCAUUGGCCGCGCACAUUGAUUCUUUCCCGUUAUUCUCUCUCUCUCUCUCUCUCUCUCUCUCUCUCUCUCUCUCUCUCUCUCCAAUUCAUCUGAAAAGAUUCAUCGCUGAAGGACGGGCAGUUGUAACGAACGGUUUUUACAGCACUGGCCUUCUCGAACAGCAAAGUCUGAAAUGAGUGGAACUCUGUAUUGGCAGUCUGGCACAUACAAAAGGAA